UUCUAGAUAGAAUAGAUGUUUAAUCAGUGGUUGUUCUUCUGCACACAGGAGCGUCUCCUGCUGUCCAUCUUACCCAAGCACAUUGCAGACGAGAUGCUUCAGGACAUGAAGAAAGAAGCCAGUCAGAAAGAGAUGCAGCAGUUCAACACAAUGUACAUGUAUCGGCACGAGAAUGUCAGUAUUCUGUUCGCAGACAUCGUGGGCUUCACACAGCUGUCCUCGUCCUGUAGCGCGCAGGAGCUGGUGAAGCUGCUGAACGAAUUGUUCGCCCGCUUCGACAAGCUUGCAGAUAACGUGGACAUGCGUGUCGGGGUGCAUUCUGGGACGGUUUUGGGCGGCGUGCUCGGACAGAAGCGCUGGCAGUAUGACGUGUGGUCGACUGACGUGACGGUGGCCAACAAGAUGGAGGCAGGAGGAAUACCAGGGCGAGUGCACAUCUCCCAGAAUACCCUGGAGUGUCUGCAUGGAGAGUUUGAUGUGGAGCCGGGGAACGGAGGAGACCGCUGCGAGUACCUGAAGGAAAGAGGCAUUGAGACGUACUUGGUGGUGGUGCCCAAGGGACCCGUGGGCAAAAGCGGCAUCAAUGGAGUAAAGCUUUCGGUGACGUCGUCUAAUGGGAAUUCUCCAUUGCUGAUCAACACUACGGAGUGCAAUGGGAGCGUCCACACGGCCUGUACCACACCGGAGGAGCCGGAGGAGCUGGACACACGCUGUGCAAAUGCAGUUUUAUAUUUUGUAAUGUUCUUGUGUCUGUUUUCUUGUGUCAUUUUUGCUCUGCACAGGUUGGUUGCAAACUAUGUGACUCUGGCCAUAGGUGAAGUCUUGCUCCUCAUUCUUACUAUCUGUUCGCUGGCAGCUAUUUUCCCUCGGGUAUUUCCAAAGAGAUUGGUGUCGUUCUCCACUUGGAUUGAUCACACGCGCUGGGCUCGCAACACUUGGGCCAUGGCGGCCAUCUUCAUAGUCACAAUGGCUGACAUAGUAGAUAUGUUGAGCUGUCGUUCACCUGAGUCCUCCACAAAUGAGGCGACUGCGGUCACUCCGGUCACUUGGGCCGCCAGCGGCUGUUCAGAGAAUCCUAAAUACUACAGCUACAUCGCAGUACUCGCGCUGAUCGCCACCACCAUGCUGGUGCAGGUCAGUCACAUGGUCAAACUCACCCUCAUGCUGCUGAUCACCGGAGCCACAGGUGUGGUCAACAUCUACAGCUGGAGGGACAUCUUUGACCUGUACGAUCUGACGCGCUUUAAAGAAUACAGAGUUAAUCUUGUGCCCUCCAAAUACGCCAUGAGUGUGAUGAUCUUCAUCAUGAUGGUCAGCUUCUACUACUUCUCCCGACAUGUGGAGAAGCUAGCACGCACGCUGUUCCUGUGGAAGAUUGAAGUGCAUGAGCAGAAGGAGAAGGUGUACGAGAUGCGGCGCUGGAACGAGGCUCUGGUCACUAAUAUGCUUCCGGAGCACGUCGCCCGGCAUUUUCUAGGCUCCAAGAAGAGAGAUGAGGAGCUCUACAGCCAGUCCUACGAUGAGAUUGGAGUCAUGUUCGCCUCCAUCCCAAACUUCUCUGAUUUCUAUACGGAGGAAAGCAUCAACAAUGGCGGGAUUGAGUGUCUGAGGUUCCUCAAUGAAAUCAUUUCCGAUUUUGAUAGCCUUUUAGACGAGCCGCAGUUUCGCUGUAUAACUAAGAUCAAGACGAUUGGCAGCACGUAUAUGGCAGCAUCAGGAGUCACUUCAGACAAUAACACUAACGGUUAUGCUUGUAUGAAGAAAGAAGAGAUUUCAGACCGGGAACGGUGGCAGCACUUGGCAGAUCUUGCUGAUUUUGCUCUGGCCAUGAAAGUCACGUUGAUGAACAUCAACUACCAGUCCUUCAAUAACUUCAUGCUCCGCAUCGGGUUGAAUAAAGGGGGCGUUUUGGCUGGUGUGAUCGGGGCCCGUAAACCUCAUUUUGACAUCUGGGGAAACACUGUGAAUGUCGCCAGUCGCAUGGAGUCCACAGGGGUGAUGGGAAACAUCCAGGUGGUGGAGGACUGCUACUGCAUCCUGAAGGACUACGGCUUCCGCUUCGUCAGGAGAGGACCCAUAUUCGUCAAGGGGAAAGGAGAGCUGCUCACCUACUUCCUAAAGGGACGUGAAAAACAAGGCUCUUUCAUUAACGGCUCUUUUGUCACCCUGCCGCACCAAGUGGUGGACAGCUCUUGACCGACACGCACACACACUGUCCUACACAAAACUCUUGCUCGCGCACACCUCACCUCAUACCUCUUCUGCCGAGUACAUGUGCUCCAGUAAUUAGUACUUUCAAAUGUGUUUUCUCUAUUUAUUAGGCUGAGGGAAGAAAUGUUGAGAGAGACUUUCUGUUUAUAUAAGAGAAGUACUAUAUAAUCAAAAUUUUGAAAGUGUGCACAGAGAUGAGUGAAUGAAAUAAAACAAGUUGAAUGAUUUUAUUAGGUUGCUAAAGUGAUAAACAGGUUGUUUUUAAACUCAAACCGCACCGAAUACAAUGAAAUCUACUGUAUUUUACGCACUGCGCUGCUCAAAGGAACCGAUGAAUUACCUAUUUUUGUUCUUCUUUAAUUUAAUUAUUUAAUCCUUUAUUUAAAGAUUACUCUGAAAGUCCCAGAUAUAUCUGAAUGUUGUUUGCAAUUGAAAAGCUACUCCGGAUGCCUGUGUAGGAAAUCAUACUGACUGCCUUUGCCUCUUCUGAAAGUGUG